AUGUCGAGCUGCCACAAGUUGCGCAGCCUAAUCCUCGCCCUCACCAUUUUGAGCCCCAAAAUGGUCUCGGCAGCAUCAUCAACGCCCAUCCCCUUGCCGGUCGGCUUCAACUGGGACAUGCUGUGCAAUGGGUGCAUGAAACUUGUCAAGAUGGCCGAAGAGCUGGCACUGCAAGAUGUUGAAGACUAUCUCCGAGAAAUGAUCGAUACCGUCUGCAUUCCAUCGCUUGUCCUCUACCCUUCCUGCACCAAAUACUUCAAAGAGCAUGUCCACCAAUUGGCCGACUUGGUCAGGGCUAAGAUUGGGCCUCGUCAGGCAUGCCAGGCCGUUCACAUGUGCCCGCAGGACCCGACCACCCGAAAGCCUACACUCCAC